AUGUCUGUUGCGGAGUAUACCACUAAGUUUGAGGAGCUAUCAAGGUUUUGUCGCUACAUUAAUGUUGAGGAUGCUAUGGUGUCGAAAUGUGUGAAGUUUGAGAGUGGAUUGAGGCCCGAGAUUUAUCAGUAUAUCUGCUUUCAUGAGAUUUGUGACUUUGAUACUUUGGUGCACAAGUGUCGCCUGUUUGAUGACGCUGGGAAGGCUAAGGUGAAUCAUUAUAAUGCUGUGAGCAACAAGAAGGGGAAAGGCCAUGGUUUUGGAAAGCUGUAUAACAAAGACAAAGGGAAGAAGAUAGAUUCUAGUUGUGCUUCAAAGCCGAGUGGCGAACGAGUUAAGUGCUUCAAGUGUGGUAGCAUUGAACAUUUUUCUAACGAUUGCAAGAAAGGCGAAAGUCAUAUCAGUACCAAGUGUACCAAGCUGAAGAAAGCGGCGUGGAGAGUUUUUGCAUUGAACGCUGAGGAGGUGGAGCAACCAGAUAAUCUAAUCCGAGAUAUGUAUUUUAUCAAUAGUACUCCUUUGUUUGGAAUUGUUGAUACUGGUGCUACGCAUUCUUUCAUCUCGCUUAGUUAUGUUGAACGUUUGAAUUUGGUUUUAACUCUGUUUUUUAAAGGGAUGGUCAUCGACACCCUAGCCAAUGGCUUGAUGACUACUUCCUUAGUUUGUGCUAAGUUUCCUGUUAAUUUUGGUAACGUUGAUUUUGAGUUGAAUGUUAUUUUGAGAGAAGACGAGGUAGGUGGGAAGUUCUUGACUACGGAGCAAGUAAAGAAGUAUUUGGAUGGUGAAGCUAGUGUGUUUGUGAUGUUUAGUUCUUUGAAGGAAAGUAGUGAGAAAGGAGUUGACAAUUUGCCAAUAGUGCAAGAGUUUCCAGAUAUUUUUUCCAAACUACAUUACCGACUUACCGCUAGAGAGGGAAAUGGAUUUUUGGUAGUGUUUAUAGACGAUAUCUUGGUGUAUUCAAAGUCAGAGGAGGAGCAUGUUGAGCAUCUUAGAGUUAUGUUGCACACUUUUAAGAAGAAGAAGUUGUUUGCUAAGUUUUCGAAGUGUGAGUUUUGGCUGCGGGAAGUGAGUUUUCUUAGUUAUGUGAUUUCGAUGGGUGGUAUAGCAGUGGAUCCGUCGAAGGUUGAUGUAGUGUUGCAGUGGCAGACUUCGACGUCUGUUUUUGAGAUAAGAAGUUUUCUUGGUUUGGCGGGUUAUUACCGGAGUUUUAUUGAAGGAUUCUCUAAGUUGAAUAAGAGGUUAACUUCAACGUUAUUGUUGUUUGUGCUGAAUUUGAAGGAAUGUUUUGUCGUGUAUUGUGAUGCUUCUACGAUAGGUCUUGGAGGUUUGUUGAUGCAGAAUUGUCAGGUUGUGGCUUAUCCGUCGAGGCAGUUAAAAGUGCAUGAGAAUAAUUAUCCGACUCAUGAUUUAUAA